AUGACUCAUCAAGUUGCUACUCGUUGGUAUCGUGCUCCAGAAUUAUUUUAUGGCUGUACUUUAUAUGGUGUCGGUAUUGAUAUAUGGGCGGUUGGUUGUAUCAUUGCAGAAUUUUUAUUGAGGACUCCACUCUUUCCUGGAGAUUGUGAUUUGACUCAGUUGGCGAAGAUCUAUGAAAUUACUGGAACUCCUGAAGAUGACUGUUGGCCUGAUGUUUAUCGUUUGCCCAAUUACGUAAAGUUCGAACCUCGACCAGGGAUUCCAUUCUCUCAGAUAUUCACAGCAGCUAGUACAGAUCUGAUAGCUUUGUUAGAAACUCUACUAAGUUUAAAUCCAGACGCACGAGGGACUGCUGUAACUGCAUUACAAUCAUCCUAUUUUACGUCUAAACCAUAUCCUACUCCAGAAAGUGAAUUACCACAGCCUAAAGUUAAUCGAACUGUAGCUAAUCUACUUCACCAACAUGAACAUCAGCGUGGUUUGCACAAUCCACUUGAUCCAGGUUUAGCUAAAUCACCACAGCCAGAUUUGAUAAUUCCUAGUCUAAAAUUAGAUGCAAGCCUAGCAAAUACACCAUAUGCAACUGAUCGCAGAAGAACUCGUUCGUCAAUACUACAUGAACCUGAUAGUUCACCUACAUGUGCUAAACGAUUACAUCUGUAA